AUGGCCGAAGGCGGGCGCAUCGUGGUCCGCUCCGGCCUCGGCGGGGAGCCGGAUGAGGCGCGGCAACUCCUCUGGAGUCGCGCACGUCCGUUCUGUUGCGAUAGGGACGCGAGUAACAGGUCGUCCGUAUGCCGGCAGGUGCACGAGCUAUGCGACAACUUCUGCCACCGCUACAUCAGCUGCCUGAAGGGCAAGAUGCCCAUCGACCUGGUGAUCGACGAGCGGGAGUCCGCGCGGCCGCCCGACGCCAACGGCGAGCCCCGCUCGGCGCCCGACAGCAGCCACGACGGCGCCUCCACGCCCGACGUCGUGAGUACCCCCUAUAGCAAGUCCCACCUGAUUCAGAGGCGCGAUCCCCAGCUAGCACCCAACUCUACCACGAGCUACCUCGUGCACCCCUGCUCU